ACAUGUCAACACACAGCAAGAAGCAUGGCUGUUAGCACUGGAGCAUUUAGAAGCCCUCUUUACGAGCUCAAAUCUAAGUCAGGAACAGCACCAGCUUAUGCCAGAAGACCUGCAUCACAUCUACCUUUUGCUGGUAGAAGAAGUAAAAGUCCUUAUAAUUACGAGGAGCCCGUGACAGAUAGAGAAGAAUGGUGGAGAUCUACUCUUAAGGAUACUCCAGUGCCUGGGGCAUAUGAAUCAAAGGAUUUUGUUAGAGAUAUAAACUCUAAUCCUAUCAAAGCAACGUAUGGAUUUAAGAAUACUGGACGCAAAAACAAUGCAGAUCCUUCAAGGACAGGAACCACUUUAAUGCCUGGACUUUAUAAGCAUGUCACGGAAGUAGACAAAAUGGACAAAAAACAGAUAACAUAUAGUUUUAAAUCAUGUGAUAGAUAUCAUACUCCUGCUGCAUUAGUUGGUUACAUAGACAAAGAAUUCGUGAAGAGCCAAAUAAGCCCUACUACAUAUGAUGCGGGGUAUAAAUAUGUUCCUAAGCUUCCCUCAAAACAUCCAGCUUUUAAAUCCCAAGUCAAUAGAUUUCCAACUGUUUACUUCAAAGCUAGACCUGGUCCUCCACCAGGGCAAUAUAACUUGUCAAAAGAUGCCAUCCUACCAAAAGGUCCCAACAUAUCUUCAUCAUUCAUAUCCAAAACUCCAAGGUUUCAACAGCCUCAUGUACUGAAAACACCAGGACCCGGGACGUAUGACAAGACAUUCCAGACUCCAAUGCCGGCUACUAUCAAGAAGAUGGGCAGAAGUCAUGGGCUGUUUUUUACUUGUGGUGCCUACUAAAAAGAAACAGUGUUGCAGACAGCAUGGUGCUGAGUAUAGUUUGUGGGUUGCUACCCUGGUUCAAUGAACAACAACCACAAACGUUAGGGUGUUAUCGUUGUAUUAAAAUGGUCGAAAUAAUGGAUUUAAAAAUGAUAAUAAAAAUGAAAAAAUUAAACCAA